GCACUGGCUGCCGCGGCGCCCGACGUGUCUGGGUGUUCAGCAGACUGCAAGUUCGGUGAAGUUGUUUUGAGGGAAAAGUUUUUUACUUGGCCCGACACCUACGACCUUCCGUGAUGUUCCGCAGAAACGCUUGUUGGUUCAUCCGCAUUUUUGUGGCGGUGGUCAUAUGUAGUGGCUAUAGUCGCCCAGAUUCCGUUACAGAAUCGCUGACAGUGGGACUCGUUCAGGAGGCUGAGGAGGCCACGGCCGUGGAUCUCGGAGCCCUGCUGGACGCCGGGGACGACGCUGUGGUGACUCUGCUGGCUGGGGACAUGCGUCUUGUGGCUCAUAGGGCUGUCUUGGCCGCCAGGAGUCCCGUGUUUGCGGACAUGUUCCGUCGCGUCACUGUAGAGGGCAGCAGCAGCCAGCUCGCACUCUCGGACACAGAGGGUCCUGUGCUGCGCCAGGUGCUGGCAUACCUGUACACCCUGCAGGUGCCCCAGCUGCCCAGCAUGGCCCCAAAGCUGCUGGUCGCCGCCGACGUAUACGGCCUGUCGGUACUGAAGGCGCACUGUGAGCAACAGGUGGUCGCCCAGCUGUCUGUCGAGACUGCGGCAGCUGCAGGUGUUAUCGCGAUUAGGCAUUCCGCCAAUAGGCUGAAGCAGGCCGCCGUCGCCUUCAUAAAGGCCCACUUGCUCCAUGUGAUGGCGACGCAGGGCUGGGCUGAGGCUGUAGUCAACGACCCACAAACUGUUGUGGAGUUGGUUCACCUGAUUGCAGAGAGACCGACAGACACCAGGAAUCUUUCCGGAGAAGAGAAGGGCGGCAGCUAA